AUGCGUUGGGCCAGAUUCUUCAAAGUAGCAAUCUGGCUGAUUGCUAUUGUUGUAACACUUCAGCUCCUCGACUAUGAUUGGAAUGUUUUCAACUUUAUGCGAAGGAUGCCAGCGAGUUCUCCACUUACACAUUUUGGGACAUCACAGUCAAAAUUUUCUAUUCCUAAAGAUCGACGUACCAAUGUAACAUCUGUAAAAUUGAAUGACACACCGUUUAGUGUACCGUUUGACCUUGACCUCCGCGUGAUCGUAAUUACAUAUGAUCGUGCUGAUUCUGUUGAAAGAUUGUUGAACUCGUUAAACGAGGCUGAUUAUUUAGGUGACAAAGUAGGAAUCGAUGUCUGGAUAGACAGAUCUAAAACUGGGGUCGUUCAUGAGGAGACGUUUUCAAGAGCAAGUCGGUUCAAGUUCAAACAUGGCAUCCUCAAUGUUCAUAAACAGUCAAAGCAUGCUGGGAUAUAUGGACAGUGGAUGAAAACCUGGAAUCCAUCGCCACAGAGCAAAGAAAUUGCUGUAAUACUAGAGGAUGAUUUGACAGUGUCAAAAUAUUUCUAUAAAUGGCUGAAAAAUGUUCAUACUAAAUAUGACUCCUUGUCAUACAUUAAUGGUUAUGCACUUCAAGGAUACAGUAUGAAACAUGGCGGAGCUGCAGGGCAGUUAAGGGCCCCAGAUGAGAAUAUUGUCUUCAUGUAUCCAAUUCUCGGCACAUGGGGAUUUUCACCGAGUCGAGAAAAUUGGAUAAGUUAUGUGAAAUGGUAUGAUCAAAAGUCAGAGUUACCAAAUUUCCAGCCAACAGUAGCAGGUAUACUGCCCACAUUGUGGUAUAACAGCUUUAUAAAAAAGGGCAAGACGGGUGGCAUGUGGUCUAUGUGGCAUAUAUAUCACGCGUGGAAGUUCCAGGAAAGAUCAAUUUAUCCAAAUCUUCCUGGGAAAUGUGGACUGACCAUCAACUGGAAGGAAGCAGGCCUCCAUUAUGCUAAGUCACAAACCGUCACCAAGAAUACUGAUCCUAUAUUGACAGUGUGGGAUAAAAAGUUUGAGAAUUUGCCUGACGUUCCAGUACAUCUCAAUGUUAAUGGCGUGGUUUGUCCGAGGGAUCAAUAUAUCUAAUGGUUGUGUGUAAUUCAGACAGACGAAACAGGCGUAUUCAGAAAUUGGAUUUUAAUGGAAUAUUUUUUUAUUAGACUAAUACCUUAAGUUGAAAGAAUGUUUCAAAAAUGUCUUAAAUACAUUUCCUAUCUAUAUAAUUGUAUUAAACAGUAGUCACCAUGGAUAUCGUAUACUCCAUCGAUUAAUUCAUAUGAACUACAUGUAUAUGAAGGAUUUCAUAAAAAUGAGAAUAUUUUUUCAUAAAUCACACGGUACAGAUGAUAGCCAGCAUACAGUAGAAAACUUUGUAAUAAUUAUCUGUGAUACUGGAGGAAAACAAUCUAGAGCCUUGCAAUAAGUCAACAGGUGCUUUUUAGCACAAAAAAGAUAAUUUUGUGAUAAGGUAAGUUGUGAAGAGAAAAACCCACUUUUUAUAACUGUUUGUUCCUGUAGACUGCCUAAAUUUCAUUUCUAACUAAUGUGGACAUACAUAUGAUAUAUAUAUGUCGCAUGCUUUACUUAUAAUAAUGCUUCUUGGAUGUAUUAUCUCAGAUCCAACAGAUGUGCAGGUUGGGAAAUGGCUUCCUGGAAGAUUCUCAGUUUUGAAUCUCCUGAUCGUUGAUAUUUUUAUCUUACUUGCAAUUAAAGGCAGAUGAUAGGCUUGGGUUUGUUUGUCUGUCCAUCCAUCCAUGUGUCAUAGUUUGUCUGUCUAACCAUCUAUGUGUCUGUCCAUGGUUGGUUUUUCAGGAGAACUAAAUUAAGUUCACUAAUGUUUUGUAUAUGUUACAUGAAUUUAACUACUAUGAUCUGAAAAAUUGUACAUGUAUAUCUCGUUUGAUUAUUAAAACCGAUCAGUUAAUUAUUGCAGUGUCCCUGAGUAUCCAACAAAAGUCAGCUUUUGUCAGCAAAUGUAUGUGGUACCUUAAAGCUGAGGUGCUAAGGAUAGGGUUAAAAAUAUGUAUUCCUUUAUUGAAGUUAAAGAAAAGUAAUGUUGCGGGAUAAUGAGUGUGUUUGAUCAUGUGUUAUAAAGUAACUUACAGUAUUUUGAGACUUUGACUAAUCAAGCAUUAGUAAUUACAGCGAAAACCUCGUUAUCUCAAACUCAUAUAACUUAGAUCCUGUUUAAUUCGAAUAUUUCAUCAGUCAUGGCAAAUUUGACUACAAACAUUCACAUUUUGCAUACUAGGAUGGUCCCAUGGUCCUGCCCACUUUGAGAUAACGAGGUUCAACUGUAUUACAAAAGAGAG